UUUGCCCACCGGUUUUCCCCGUCCCUCCACCGCCCCUGCGCCGUAGCCCUGUCCGACCGGAGGAGCGCUGCAGCCAGCGGGGUUGCUUCCCGGCGGGAUUUCACACCCCAAGGUCCUUGCUGAACUUGCCGAGCAGAUUUGCCGAGCCCGAAGCCGGUUUGCGGCUCGCUCCUCGCCCGCGGCGCCGGCGCGGCCGCGAUUUCUCCACUGCCGCUCGGUCGGAUUGUUUUUACCCGGCGGGAAGUUGAGCGGCUGGAAUGACACCGGUCUCUGCUUUGAACUGGAGCACGUUUUUGUCUCUGCCUUCGGUUGAGUGAGGAAGGAAGCAGCUUUCACGAAAGAGUUAAGCCUGGCGAAGGCUCCGGGAUCUUCUGCUGGGGGACGAUGGUUGGGCUUUUGUUUGUUUUGAAGUGCUGGCAGGAAAGCGGGGAGGAGAAAAUUACCUAAGUGAUGGCGAGAUCGCUGGGAACUGGGCAAAGCCGUGGAAGCGAGGCGGACAAACUCCACCUCGCCGCCCGGCGCCGUGAGCACACCCCCGCGGAGGAGCCCACCCCGCUCCGGGUGCUCGCAGAGGCUUGGGCUGCCACCGAGCCGCAUGAGCUCAGCAGAGCUGCUGCAGAGCUGCAAAGCCGGGAGCUGCCAGAGCAGCCUCCAGGGUCACUCGGGGGCUACAAGCAGGAACGGGGAGCUUAAAAAUAAUAAUGAAGUGGAGGCAGCUUCUCUGGAUUGCGUUCUGUGUCGUGACCUUGUGGGGCCGAGCUGCCGGCAGCCCGACGGAUGCUCCCGCCUCAACGGCCUCGGCCUCGCCGGCGGGGACCAUCAGCACCACCACCAGCACCACCAGCAGCACCAGCACCAGCAGUAGCACCACCACCAGCAGCAGCAGCAACAGCACCAGCAGCAGCAGCACCACCAGCAGCAGCAGCGGGACGGCCACCGAGCCGCCGAGCGCGGCAAAGCCGGCACGGGAAGCCACCGCCGGACCCCCCGCCGCGGCGCUCACCACCUCCGCGGUGCCCGGCGCGGCCCGCACGAGCCCCCCGCCCGGCCGGACCCCCACGAGCAGCGAAGCCCGGGCGGCGACGGGCAGCCCCACGGCGUGGACCCCCAGCCCCACGGCAGCGAGGACGAGCCCUCCCGGCGUGCCACGGCAAACGGCCGCCCCGGCGCCCGGCGGCAGAGCCAGCAACAGCUCGAAGUCCAUCACGUGCCACGAGGUGAAGGACGUGAGGGACACCGGAGCCAUCUGCUUGCACCUCAAGGAGGCCAGCAGCUGCAAACAUUUUUUAGAGCAGAAGGGAUCCGACUUAUGGACUGCAAUAUGUGAAGAGAGCGUGCACCAUGUUCCUUCCCCCUGCCAGAUCAAACUCGCUAAAUCCGAGGUGGACCGUAACUGCAUGCUCCUCAUCCUGGUCGGUGAAAGAGAGCCUGCUACAGAUAUGCUCCAGGAAUCUCACUGGGAGAAGUUCGGAAUAAAAUCCCUGAAGCGGGGGAGCGUGAGGAGCCACCAGGACUAUUCCCGGAAGACGCUGAUUGCCUUGGUCACGGCCGGACUCUUGCUGGCGCUCCUGGGCUUGGCCGGAUACUUCCUGAUGAGACGGCGGAGCUGGAGCCCCGCGGGGGAGAGGCUGGCUGAAGACCCCUACUACAUGGAGAACGGCAGCCAGGACAACGCAACGGUCACGGCGGCCUCCUGCGAGCGACCCGAGCCGCAGGAGAAGUCAAACCUCAACGGAGGGGCUCAGGAGAACGGGACCGGCCGAGCGUCCUGCAAGCACGGGCCCUCGGCCAGGCAGCACGGCGUCGCCGACACGGAGAUGUGAACGGCGCAAGGAAGCGCUCCGGCACGGAGCCUGACCGGGGCAGCGCGGCGAGCGGGGAGGAACCUCCCAGCCAGCCCCGAGCACGUCCAGCUCCAGCGCGACCGAAGACCUGCGCCGCUGCCUCCGCUCAGCUCGCCCGCUGACCGCACGAGAGACCUUUCUUCGCUGCCGUUCUCCGCUUUUGUUAUUAAAAGAGCAUAACGAGACAUGCAAGUGCCACUUAGCUGUUGAGCAGAGACAGACCGAAGCUGCUGAAGCCUCGAUCCAAACAACCAACGUGUUUGGUGGGAGCGAGGCUGAGCGAAAUGGUUAAAUCAAAGUCUCAAUGGCAAAACCCUCUCAGGUUUCAGGGAAUUUUGGAUAUAAGGGUUGAUUUUAAUCUCGUCUUUACACCUAAGUGCAGAAUUUUUUCCUUUCUUAAGAAUGUCAAGCAUUUAACGCCCCUACUUGUGCUUUAUGUCUUUUUUAGUAUUUCCUGCUCCUGCAGAAUUUCCUGAAGCAGUAUGUAAAACUCCCCACACGGAAUUGAAGGUUGAAAUGUGAAUAGACCUUGAACUCAUUUUUUUUUUAAUCCUACCAGUAUGCAGGUGGUUGUUUUACAGUAAAAUCUUCCCUGAUCUCUUCAUCUCAGGGACUUGAGACAGUGUUUGACAAGACAGAGCAAGUAAUCAAUCCCUCGCGCCUGCACGCGAGACACAGAGCAUUUGAUACCGCUUCAAAGAGCUCUGCACGUGCCUACGGCUUGCAGUCGUGUCACCUUCCCCUGUGACACCGGCACCAACUAUCACCUAGCACAGGGCGGUGGGAACGAAAGAUGCCAAAGGGCUCCCGGUGCAAUGAGAGAAACCGGACUACCAGGCUAGAGAGAGCGGAUCUACCCUCUCACUCGUGAAUUUACUGCAACCUCUUCUCCGUGCUGAGACUGGUAACUGAGGGGAAGGGUUUGUUUUAUUUUAUUUUAUUUUAUUGGUACAGUGCUUAAAGGAAUGAAAGCAGUGUCCCACCUGCAUUAUCUGGGUCUGUCUGCACGGGUGCAAGUGUCAUUUAAAUGUGGUUUAACAUAAUUUUAGGUUUUGUUUGAGUGAAUUGCUUCUCUGAACCUAACUGUAAAUAAUCUCCAUUGAAAAAAAAACAGCAUUAAAAACCCAACUUCUCCGCUGUGCUCUUGGAA